GGAGUACUCAAACGCCAGCAAGAGGUUUGAGGCCUGCGAGGCUGCGAGAGAACAGUUGCCGUGUGACUGAAAAGAAGCUUGCUGCCUCUUUUGACUUCGGUGCCUGGGAGCUUGUGCCUGUUGCAAACAUGCCUAUCUUGAAGCAACUGGUGACAAAUUCCGCUAACUCCAAACGCCGCUCUCGGGCAGAUCUGACAGCCGAGAUGAUCAGUGCCCCGCUUGGCGACUUCCGUCACACCAUGCAUGUAGGCCGAACGGGGGAUGCUUUUGGAGACACGUCCUUCCUCAACAGCAAGGCUGGGGAGGGUGAGCAGGAAGUUGCCGAGGAGGCGAGCUCCUCAUCCAAACCGGGCCUGCUGUCACGCAGGUUCCGCAGCAGCAAGCGGUCUCAGUCCGUGACGCGUGGCGAGCGCCGCGAUAUGCUGGGCUCUCUGAGGGACUCGGCCAUUUUUGUGAAGAACGCUGUCUCGUUGCCUCAGCUCACUGAGAAGGAAGCAGACAGGAGUGGUGGGAAGCAGCUGCCCAAGAGCCUCUCCUCGAGCCCUGUCAAGAAAGCCCCUGAGGAGAAGACCCCGGAAGAGAAGCACAUGAAUGGCGCUGCGGCGGCCCUCUACUCCGGCCCCCACAGUCCUGGCUUGGAGGAGCGGAACUUUGGCGACAUAACUGACUUGCCCCUGGUCAUCCCCAAGAGCAGUUACGGCAUGAAGCAUGCGGAGUCCAUCAUGUCUUUCCAUAUUGAUCUGGGGCCUUCCAUGUUGGGGGACAUCUUGAGCAUCAUGGAUAAGGACCCCUGGGAGCAAGAGGAUUCUGGUUAUCAGGGUGGAGAGGACCCACAAAGGGAGCCUGGCCCUGUGGAGGCCUCAGCAGCGCCCUGGCUGAGCCAGGAAAGCAAACUCCCACAGGAUUCCUUGGUUCAGUACGACGACAACCGAGCAGCAACGUAUAGUCCGGGCUCAGCCCGCAGCAUCACGAGCCGCCUCACUAUGGACAGCAGUUCUAUCUCCAGCUGUGCAUCUGUUGGAGAGGAACAGCGUAGCUUAGCCAGUAAAGGGCAGAACUUGCCAGAGGAAUCCACAAAACAGCUGGACAAAGAAUUCUCCUUCAUGGAUGAGGAAGAUGAUGAGAUAAGAGUAUAAGGAAGGUGACUGGAGCUAUCUGCCUCUUUUGACUGAAGAACAGAUAACUUGCAACUGAUUCUGGAAUAAAUGGGGUUGCAGAAAAGUUGUACGAUUUUGGCAACUUUCUCAGUCUUCAGUUUCACCACUAUCAUUCUCAUAAACAGGCUGCUGGAGAAAUAGGAUACCACCAUGCUCUUGAACCCCAGUUGGAGAGUAAUCUGGGGAGGGUGAUGAACAUCAAACUGGAAAAUCACUUUUAAAUGGCUCGUUUAUAUUUAAGAUAAUCUAGGCAACUCCAGGAUCAGAUAGAAAUAAAGAAAAUUGCUUGAGGAUAUUUGGAAAAACAUUCGUUCCCAGGAGAACUCCAGAGUAAUGGGUUUUGUUUGUUUAAAGAAGAGAUUCUGGUUAAUUUAUGUACUGCCUGUUUAAAGCAAUAUAGAGCUGAAUACUAGAACAAAGCUCAAAAGCACUAGUUUCUCUAGUAAUAUAUUUUUCCCUUUUCAUUUUUGCUAGUACUCUUAAGGGCUUUUUCCCUACUGCAGAGGAGAUUGCCAUUCUGGACCUGGAGAAACACUGAAAGACUUUGCAUUUUUGUAGAGAGGAAAAACCCAGGAACCUUUGAAAUAACCAGAUUCUCCAUAUCUGCAUGUUUGGAUGCUGACAGCUAUCUCCCUGUGGGCAGGCCUCUGGGAAAAUCUACAAACUUUGGAAUCUGGGCUUGAAAUUUCCUAAUUUUUUAAAAAAAGUAUUGCUGACAGAACUAUUUGAAUAACACAAAUGGGGAUGGGAGGAGUGGAGAGCACCACUAUCACCAUCUGCGUCACACUGCGAUCCUCUUUCUGGUCUACUGGGAGGCAAAAUAUGAGAACAGUUCAAGGUGCUAGCCCUUCUUGAAACAGACUGCUUAUACCGCCCACACCCCCAAACACCCCCCCCCCAAAUGUGUUGCCCUUGGUGGUGAUCAUGUGGAUAUCUCUCUUAAGUGGAGUAUUCUUGGAGACACUUUGCUUAUGUAAAAUUGUUUAGAAUUAUCCAGUGAGGUGAAUUGCAAGAGUAGAAGUCAGCCUAGUUGCCCCAGCAUUGAAGAGAAGGCAAGAUUGUUCUCGGCCCACUCUGUCUCCAGGCUCUUCCUUUGGGUGUUAAGAGGAUGGGAUGUCCUGAGAGAUGUUGGGGUUGCUAGGGCAACCUGUUGGGAGGAAUGUGGCUUCUUUGCAUGUCUACAGAUGUAAACUGAAAGUUCCAGAAGUAAACAAAUCUGAUGCAGCUUCAUCCUUUCUCAGUUGAGACUAGAAUAUCAGCAAAGCUGACAGAAGCACAAAGAGCUUGGCACACCCUGUUCCAGGGACAAUGGAGGAGACUACAUUGCUCAGUUCCUCCCUUUUGAAAUUGCUUUCGGGACCUCCCUUUGCAGUAUAGAUGGGUGGUGUGCCUUACAUUCCCAUCGCCUCCUGGCCCUCUUAUAUUUUUGCCUUGCUUCACAUUUUGCUGGGCAUUAAACACUAACUUUUGCCUUUUUAAAAAAAUAUAAUUUUAACCUUUUGUUCAGACUGUAUAUUAGAUCUGCCCACCCUUUGGGGAGUAGUGGCUCUCCCUCCCUUGGAUUGUGACUUUGUUGCGUGUGUACAGGUGUUUGUUCAGUGCAUUGGAUGGAAGACCUUUUAAAGAUGGCAGUAUGUUUUAAAAUGCAAAGAAAUUAAACUAUAGUAAAAAGGCACCUUAAAU